AUGGAGAACGAGAUAGACGGAUGGAUCGCACAGCUUAGCCAGUGCAAGCAGCUCGCGGAGCCCGACGUGAAGCGGCUAUGCGACAUGGUGCGUGCCAGGUUGCACUUCCGGGGUGAUAACGGUGGUUCGCCACCAGGGCGCAGGCGAACUGCUACGCGAGAGAUUCUCAUGGUCGAAUCAAACGUCCAGCCUGUGAGGUGUCCUGUGACUGUCUGCGGCGAUAUCCACGGCCAAUUCCACGACCUUUCGGAGCUCUUCCGCAUCGGCGGGAACUCACCCGACACGAACUAUCUCUUCAUGGGUGACUAUGUUGACCGGGGUUACUACUCCGUUGAGACUGUCACUCUCCUUGUUGCGCUCAAGCUGCGCUAUCGCGACCGCGUCACCAUCCUCCGAGGCAACCACGAGUCGCGGCAGAUCACGCAGGUGUAUGGUUUUUACGAUGAGUGCUUGCGAAAGUAUGGCAAUGCAAACGUGUGGAGAUACUUUACGGAUCUCUUCGAUUACCUCCCCCUUACCGCUUUGAUCGAAAACCAAAUCUUCUGCCUUCACGGAGGCCUCUCGCCGUCCAUAGACACCCUCGACCACGUCCGGGGCAUUGAUCGUGUGCAGGAGGUGCCGCACGAAGGGCCAAUGUGCGACCUUCUGUGGUCCGACCCCGAUGACCGAUGCGGUUGGGGCAUAUCGCCGCGUGGUGCGGGAUAUACGUUUGGGCAGGAUAUCAGUGAGGCGUUCAACCACAACAAUGGUCUUACGUUGGUUGCGCGGGCGCACCAACUCAUUAUGGAGGGUUAUAAUUGGAGUCAGGACCGCAACGUCGUCACGAUCUUCUCUGCACCAAACUACUGCUACCGCUGCGGCAAUCAGGCGGCGAUUAUGGAGAUGGACGAAAAACUAUCGUAUAGCUUCCUACAAUUCGAUCCUGCGCCCAGAGUGGGAGAGCCUCUCGUAACGCGGCGCGUCCCGGACUAUUUCCUUGUAAGUAAGGUCUGCCAUACAUUGGGAGGAGAUGCUGACACCGGUGUGCAGUGA